AUGCAUGUGCAGGGUAUUACAGCCAUUUCGGAAUUAACCGGUGAUUUUGAAUUAGACUUUAUGUAUAGUGAAAUCUGGGAAGAUCAACGAUUAAAUUUUAAACAGUUAAAUAUUUGCGCAACAAAUAUUACUUUAAAAGGUGAAUUUCGGAAGAGGAUUUGGACACCGGAAACAUGUAUUAUUAAUAGCAGGCAUUCAUCGAUACACACUUCACCAUCAGAGAAUACUUUCAUUAUCUUAUAUGAAAAUGGAAUAGUAUGGAGUAAUUUCAGACUUAAAGUUAGAGCACCAUGCAAAAUGGAUUUAAGAAUGUUUCCGUUUGAUUCAAUCAUUUGUAAGCUUACUUUUGAAAGCUAUUCGUUUAAUGCCGAUGAAGUGCGAUUAUUCUGGCAUGAAAAACCAUUAACAAUGAUGGAAAUAGUUGAGUUACCUGAUUUCGAAUUAAUUGGUUGGAGGACGGAUCAUGAAAGGUCACAAUAUCCGAAUGGAGAGUGGGAUAGGGCAAUGGUUGAAUUUAAAUUUGCACGACGAUACGGUUUCUAUCUCUUUCAAUCGUAUUUUCCAACGUCAUUAACUGUUAUUAGCUCUUGGGUUGGAUUCUUUUUUGACGUACGAGCUGCUUCCGCAAAGAUAACAUUGGGUGUGUCAUCGUUAUUAGCAGUAAGUUUUCAAUUUGGUAGUGUAUUACGUCAUUUGCCACGUGCUAGCUAUAUCAAAUGCUUGGAUGUAUGGAUGAUUAGUUCGAUUAUUUUUAUUUUCUGUACACUUGUUGAAUUAGCUAUCAUUUGCCGGCUUAAUCACUAUGAACGCGAAAAACAAAUUGGAAGCCAUGCGGUUAAUCAAUGGAUCAAUCAAAUAAGAAAACGGAAAAACCUGAAUGGAAAUUCAAGUGAUAGCAAUGUGAAAGUUUUACGGAGACAAAAUAUUUCAUCCAUAAUGAAUCUAGAAAAAUUGCGCAAAGCAGGAAAUGCUACAACAGAUAUUGAUAUUACUAGUGAUAACAAAGAGAAUACUUCAAAUGAACAUCGUUUUUUUAAAUGGCCAAUAAUAGAUAUCAGAAAAUUAUUGGUUCAACUUCGUGAUCGAGAUUGGACGAUUACUGCUGCACAGGUCGACUAUUAUUCAAUGCGAUUAUUUCCUCUAUCAUUUCUUCUCUUCAAUAUAGUAUAUUGGACGGUGUAUAUUUCGAAAAUGGAUGGAGCUUUUUGA